AUGUUUUCAUCUACUACAAAUAUAUUUUUUUCAUUAGUAUUUCUAGUUCUAUUACUGUUAUUAUCAAUUAACAAUAAUAUUCUGGAAAAAUCUUCUGAAAUUCAAGAAAGAAUAUAUAAUGGAUUAUAUUCGAAACAUUUUAGAUUGUUAGCAGAGCCAUCUUCAUAUGGUUCUUCAAAAAAGACCAGGAAAAAAUAUGAAGAUGACGAUGAUGAAGAUGACGAUGAUGAAGAUGAUGAUGAAGAAGACGAUGAUGAAGAAGACGAUGAUGAACAUGAUGAUGAAGACGAAGAAGCUGAAGAUGAAGAAGAUGAUGAUGAAGACGAAGAAACUGAAGACGAAGAAACUGAACAUGAAGAAACUGAACAUGAAGAAAAUGAUGAUGAAGACGAAGAAUAUGAAUAUGAUGUAGAAGAAAAUCAAUAUGAAUAUGAUGUAGAAGAAAAUCAAUAUGAAUAUGAUGUAGAAAAAAAUCAAUAUGAAGUAGACGAUGAAAAUGAAGAACAGGAAGACGAGGAAGAUGAUAAUGAAAAUGACGAAGACGAAGACGAAGAUGAAGUUGAAGUUGAAGAUGAAAAUGAAGAUGAAAAUGAAAAUGAAAAUGAAGAUGAAAAUGAAGAUGAAAAUGAAAAUGAAGAUGAAAAUGAAAAUGAAAAUGAAGAUGAAAAUGAAGAUGAAAAUGAAAAUGAAGAACAAGAUAAAUAUUGUGAAUUGAUACCUAUUUUAACAGAUACCUCUGAAGAUACAUUGACAAAAAGAAAUAAUAUUAAUACACCUAAACAUAAUGUUAAUACAGAUUAUUUAUUAGAUAAAACUUUAUAUGAAUUAAAGACACAUAGCAAUUUAAAUAUUCGAAAAAAAAAUUACACUGAUAGCAUAAUAGACAAUAUGGAUCUUACGGAAGACGUAAAAAAUAUAUUUAAAGAAUUCUUACAUUAUUAUAUGACUAAAAGACAUCCGGAUUAUCAACUUGAAUUAUAUAAGAAAAUUGAGUUGGAUAUACAAAAGUACACAAAAAAUCACGUAAUUUGUAGUAUUGUAGAUUUUAAAAAUAUAGAGAAUGAUAUUGAAUGUUUAAAGAACCCCAAAUUAUUCAAACAUAUGUAUUAUUAUGAAGACAGUGAAAAAACUGAAAAGAAAAAGCAAGCAAAACUAGAAAAAAAAAGAGAAAAAUUAGAGAAAAAAUUAAAGAAGGAAAAAGAAAAAAAGGAAAAACAACAAAUAAGAGAAAUGCGAAAACAACAAAAAAUGGAAUUAGAAAAACAAGAACAGGAAAAAGUAUAUUUGGAGAAAAAAGAACUAAAGGAAAAACAUGAAAAAAGUCAAAAGGAAAAACAAAAGAAAAUAAAUGAUAGAAGAAAUAAGGUUCUUAGAAACAGAUGUAUAUUUUAA